AUGGGCUUCUUGAGCAUCGUGCAUCAUAGCGCAUUCCCUGACCCAGCAAGCAAGCACUUGGGCGAGUGCGCAGCAAGUAAGCCGGACAGCCAGCAGUGGCUGUUUCGUGCUCAAGCGCCAGCUGCCCGCGUGGGCGAUGGACAACCUCAGAAAAAAUGCCCGGCAAAGCCACGAAAUAUGUCAAAGAUCGGGGCCCUCUUGGAUCGCCAUGUCUCGGUGUGUGGUCUCACGGGCAAGUCUGCAGAGGAAAUGCUCCUCGGGGUCAACACCAGCUUGGUGGAUCAGUGUGGCAUCGCGUGGAAGGACCGGGGCCUGGCUCGCACGUUGGAGGAAGACGGCCCCUUCGAUCUUGUCCUUUUGAUGGCGGGCACGAAUGACCUACCGUACACACACAGGCGAAGAAAUGCUGCAGCCAACUUACGUGCGCUGCAUCAAGUCUGCCACAGGCGUGGAAUACCGACUGUUGCGAUGGCCCCGCCGCUCGCGCCUGUGGGGGACAAGCCCUGGCGCAGCAAUCGUCAAGCACUGUUAGAGGACAUGGAGGUGCUCUUCCAGGGCUUGGACAAGCACCUGACCUACAUGGAUCCCAGCGUUAUCUUGAGUCACGAGAACAGUCUCAUGUGGGAUCCAGAUGGCCUGCACUUCUCGCAGAUCGGCUCCUACACACUGGGCAAAUCCUUGGCCAAGCUGGCCAUCGAACUCUGUGAAGGACCGGCAUCCACUCCACCCCGCCAUCGCGCACGGCGGACGGGCCUCAGGGCGCCAGCUUGCCCGCUAUCUCAGGAGCAGCUGGCACAGAAAUCGGCUCCGGCCCCGGAAUUCAAAAUACCGACAAUUCUGUCCUCUUGUGAUCCUGGUGCCCAGCUGCUGAAGGCAUGA